AUGGCAAAAGAGCUAGAACUUGAAGAGCAGAUUGCAGCACAAGGAGAUUUAGUGCGUCAGCUUAAAGGAGAUGCUUCAGCGUCUGAGGAUGUAAAAAAGGAAGCCAUUGAUAAGCUCUUACGAUUGAAGUUGACCUACAAGGAGAUAACUGGGAAAGAUUAUGCGGCUCCCGGUGGUCGUAAACAAAAAGAGAAAAAGCCUGCUCCAGAAAAGAAGCAGGAGAAAAAACAGGAGACGAAACCCGAUGGAAAGAAGCAAACGAAGUUGGGAAUUGAAAUUUCGAAGGACGAAAAUUAUUCUGAAUGGUACAGUCAGGUGAUCACGAAGGCCGAAAUGAUUGAAUAUUACGAUGUGUCUGGAUGCUACGUGUUGCGUCCAUGGUCAUAUGCAAUUUGGGAAUCUAUUCAGAGCUGGUUUGACAGCGGUAUAAAGAAACUUGGAGUGAAAAACUGCUACUUCCCCAUGUUUGUUAGUAAUGCAGCGUUGGAACGAGAAAAGACACACAUCGCUGACUUCGCUCCGGAGGUGGCGUGGGUAACACGGGCUGGCUCAUCUGAUUUGGCCGAACCCAUCGCUAUUCGUCCAACAUCUGAGACCGUAAUGUAUCCAUCGUACAAAAAAUGGGUCCAGUCCCACAGAGAUUUGCCCAUAAAGCUCAAUCAAUGGUGUAAUGUCGUGAGAUGGGAGUUCAAGCAUCCAACCCCUUUCUUGCGAACUCGUGAAUUCCUCUGGCAAGAAGGCCACACUGCUUUCGCCACUCCAGAAGAAGCACAAAAAGAAGUUUUCCAAAUUCUUGAUCUUUAUGCUGGCGUUUAUACUGAUCUCCUGGCUAUUCCUGUUGUCAAAGGGAGAAAGAGUGAAAAAGAAAAGUUUGCUGGUGGGGAUUUCACAACGACCGUGGAAGCCUACGUACCAUGUAAUGGACGAGGUAUUCAAGGAGCGACAUCUCAUCAUCUUGGACAGAACUUCUCUAAAAUGUUCGACAUAUCAUUUGAAGAUCCCGCAACCGGUGGAAAGGAAUUCGCAUGGCAGAAUUCAUGGGGAUUGUCUACUCGUACAAUUGGAGCUAUGGUAAUGAUCCACGCUGAUGACAAUGGCCUUGUUCUCCCUCCAAGAGUAGCUGCUAUUCAGGUCAUCGUUCUGCCAGUGGGUAUCACUGCGCAAACUACCAGCGAGCAGCGUAAACAACUCAUAGAUACGGCUGAUCAAUUAGCAAAGACACUAAUGGAUGCAGAUAUAAGAGCUGAAGCUGAUUUGAGAGACAACUAUUCACCUGGUUGGAAGUUCAAUCAUUGGGAGUUGAAGGGUGUGCCCAUACGACUUGAGGUUGGUCCCAAGGACUUGGCUGCGAAUCAGGUUACGGCUGUUCUGCGGUAUAAUGGCCAGAAAUUGGCCAUCAAACAAGCUGAGCUUACAGACGAGAUUAGGCGGUUGUUGGAAAUGAUCCAUGUUGAGAUGUAUAAUAAGGUUAUGGCUGCACGUGAUGCUCAUAUGAAAACUUGCUUCGACUUUGAAGAGUUCAAGCAACUUUUGGACGAAAAAUUCAUCCUACUGUCGCCCUUCUGCGGUGAUAUCGCUUGUGAAGACGAGAUCAAGAAAGCGAGCACACGAGAAGACGCGGAUGCAGGAGCUGCCCAAAUGGGAGCGAAAACCCUUUGCAUACCUUUGGAGCAGCCGAAGGAGAAGCUGCCCGACCAGUGCCUCUUCCCCUCGUGUAAGAACAAAGCUAAAUUCUUUGCUCUUUUUGGUCGCAGUUAUUAG